AUGGGAAUGAAGUUUGUAGAGAUGAACAUUAGAAGAAAGAAGUUGGAUUGCCGCUGGACUUUUCAAGAAUUGGAUGCAUUGCAGAGUUUGUAUGUUGAUGGGAAUCGGUUUGGAAAUGUUGGUGUAGAGGACAUGCUUUGUCCAUUGAGUAGAUUUUCUGCUCUGCAAUUGCAAGCCAACAUCACACUCAAGACAAUUGUGUUUGGAGGUUCCAAUACAAAGAUGGGAAGAGAUGGACUUACCACCGUUUUUGAAGAUGGUGACAACAAACGAGACGGUUGUACAUCUCCGGAUUCACGACGAUGCGAGUCUAGGACCUGA